ACCUCGAGCUAGCCAGAGCUCACCAUGGUUAGUGCUUGGAAGUUUGCACGGAAUUGCCGUCAGCUGGAGCUGCACCGGUUGAUUUUAUUGCUGAUCACCUUCAGUCUGGUCUCCAUGUGCUUUUUGGCCUAUUACGUGACGAACAGCCCUAAGAUCAAGGAGGCUCUGCCGUUACCAAUUAGUGAUUGCAACAGCCAGCACAGGAUCUCACUGCCACCGCAGUCUCUCAGGCGGUUCGUGCCUGCUGUGGACACUUCAAGGACUGACCCCGUGGUCCUGGUUUUCGCCGAAAGUAUUUAUUCCCAACUAGGUCAAGAAAUAGUGGCAAUUCUGGAGUCUAGCCACUUCAAAUAUAGGAUAGAAAUAGCCCCCGGGAAAGGGGAUGUGCCAACCUUAACAGACAAAGAUAGGGGUCGCUAUGCCCUCAUUGUUUAUGAGAAUGUUCUAAAGUAUGUGAACCUGGAUGCCUGGAACAGGGAGUUGCUGGAUAAAUACUGUAUAGAGUACAGCGUUGGCGUCAUUGGCUUCUUCAAAGCCAAUGAGAACAGUUUACUCAGCGCCCAACUCAAAGGUUUCCCUCUGUAUUUGCACUCCAACCUCGGCCUCAAGGACUACCACAUCAACCCCAAUGCCCCGCUGCUUUAUGUGACACGGGCCAAUGAGGUGGAGCAGGGCCCGUUGCCUGGUGAUGACUGGACGGUCUUCCAGUCGAAUCACAGCACCUACGAGCCGGUCCUCCUGGCCAGCACGAAGUCAGCAGAGUUUAUCCCCCACCUGAGCACGCACAAAGCCCUACACGCGACAGUGGUCCAGGACCUGGGACUGCACGACGGCAUCCAACGAGUCUUCUUCGGGAACAACCUCAACUUCUGGCUCCACAAGCUGAUUUUCGUGGACGCGAUUGCCUACCUUACGGGCAAGCGGCUGUGCCUGCCCCUGGACCGUUACCUUUUGGUGGACAUUGACGACAUCUUUGUGGGGAAGGAAGGGACAAGGAUGAAGGUCGCGGAUGUUGAGGCACUACUGACCACCCAAAACAAGCUGAAAACUCUGGUUCCAAAUUUCACAUUCAAUCUUGGAUUUUCUGGGAAGUUCUACCACACAGGGGCCAAUGAGGAAGAUGAAGGGGAUGACAUGUUGCUGAAACACAGGAAGGAGUUCUGGUGGUUCCCCCAUAUGUGGAGUCACAUGCAACCGCAUCUGUUUCACAACGAGACAGUUUUAGCUGAGCAGAUGAAGCUGAACAAGCAGUUUGCAUUGGACCACGGUAUCCCGAUUGACAUGGGUUACGCAGUGGCACCACAUCAUUCAGGGGUAUACCCAGUUCACAAGCAGCUCUAUGAAGCCUGGAAAUCCAUCUGGGGUAUCCGAGUCACCAGCACAGAGGAGUACCCCCACCUGAAGCCAGCCCGAUAUCGCAGAGGGUUCAUUCACAAUGGUAUCAUGGUUCUGCCUCGUCAAACCUGUGGACUGUUCACGCAUACCAUCUUUUAUAAUGAGUAUCCGGGAGGCUCUAAGGAGUUGGAUAAGAGUAUUCGGGGCGGUGAGCUCUUCCUUACUGUGCUGCUGAAUCCGAUCAGCAUCUUCAUGACCCACCUGUCAAACUACGGCAAUGACCGCUUGGGGCUGUACACCUUUGAAAGUUUGGUAAAGUUCGUCCAGUGUUGGACUAACCUGAAACUCCAGACACUGCCACCAGUCAAACUGGCAGCCAAGUACUUUGAGCUGUUCCCGGAGGAGAAGGACCCCUUGUGGCAGAACCCGUGUGAUGACAAACGGCAUAAGGACAUCUGGUCCAAAGAGAAAACCUGUGACCGGCUCCCAAAGUUUCUCAUUAUCGGCCCACAGAAAACUGGUACCACAGCUUUGCACUUUUUCCUCUCCUUACAUCCUGGAGUUACAAGUAAUUUCCCCAGCCCAGUCACCUACGAGGAGAUUCAGUUCUUCAAUGGAGCUAAUUAUAACAAAGGAAUUGACUGGUACAUGGAAUUCUUCCCGAUCCCGUCAAAUGCGAGCACGGAUUUUAUGUUUGAGAAGAGUGCAAAUUAUUUUGAAUCUGAAGUGGUACCCAAGAGGGCGAUGGCCCUGCUGCCCAGAGCGAAGAUCAUUGCCAUUCUGAUCAACCCAGUGGAGCGGGCAUACUCCUGGUACCAGCACCAGAGAGCUCACCACGACUCGGCAGCCCUGAACUACACCUUCUAUCAGGUGAUCACAGCCGGACCCGACGCGCCGAGGGACGUCCGGGUUCUCCAGAACCGCUGCUUGCUACCCGGCUGGUACGCCACCCACAUCGAGCGGUGGUUAACAUACUACCAACCUUCUCAGUUUCUCGUUGUCAAUGGCCUACAGUUACGGAACAACCCUGUGGCUGUCAUGGAGACUGUGCAGAAAUUUCUCGGUGUUACCCCUCAUUUCAACUACACUCGGGCUCUGAUGUAUGAUGACAACAAGAAUUUCUGGUGUCAGAUGGUGGAAGGUGGCAAGUCAAAGUGUCUGGGCAAAAGCAAAGGAAGAAAAUAUCUAGAGAUGGAUUCAGCGUCCCGGACAUUCCUGACCAAUUACUACAGGGAGCACAACAUCGAACUAUCGAAACAGCUAAACAAACUCGGGCAAGCACUGCCUAGUUGGCUGAGGGAGGAGCUACAACAUACCAGCUGGAGUUGAACGGUGAAGGCUGUGGUCAGCUGAUGCCACCAUUCUUUGGACACUUCCAUGCCCUCUGACCUCUCUCCCCAUUUCACUGACUCCAGCUCAAGUGACGCCAGCAGAGUGCUGAAGGAGGCGAUGGAAUUUGAUAGGUUCCCGAGGAUAACUUUGCAAAGGCUUGUCAUUUCACCUUCACGAAGGCUCCUCGUGUUUGGACCACCUGCACAGGCUUUGCAAUGAACCAGGACUACUCUGGUGAGCAGUGGAACCCGCACUCAUGACAGCAUCCCCCUCCAAUACUGGAAUCUUCCGAGAACCUAACCCCCAAGUCCUUGUAGUGUAUCCUCAAGUGUCAUACCGUGGAAUGAUUGUUACAUCAGCUGCUUUUACAACAAUAGUGUCCUGUCCACUAAAUAUUAGUUUAUACCCCACGCCGUGUCUUAACUACACUGCUGUACUCCUGGUACUAAUACUGUGUGUACCACUUAAUUACUAAACAUGUACAUAUUAGGCCCAAACCAAUAACUGUACAGCUGAUACCCAGAAAAUUGGGCAAAUGGAUCAUCACAACACAGGACCUGUUACUCCACUAGUUACCUCAAGUUAUUUGCGAUAGCCCACUUGGAACAGUCACUGAAGCCAGUCAUUUGGAAAAUGACACUUGUAAAAAGGUGCAACUGUUAGAUUUUUUAAAAAAAAUCAGUGUUGGUGUGAAAAUGUCACCUUUCCAGUAGUGGACUGUUAAAGGUUCUCUCCCACACCCCCCCAUAUGGUUUUCAAAACGGCCUGAAGGUGAGGAAUUCCAUCAUAUUUCCUGGAGGAGAGAGAGAGUGUGCACUUGUCAGUGCAUUAUACCUCACCUAUUGAGUCAUUCACAUUGAAUGAUGUUAUUGGAGAAUUUUACUCUCAAGAGGUUGAACAUAUUUUCUGAGAUGCAACAUCCAGUGGAUUGAGUUUUUUUUUGGUGUAAAUUUUGUGGUUGAUGUGAUGUACUUUGCAAGGCCUUAACGCUCUCUCCACAAAGACUGGAUCGUCUUUGUAUGUCGCUAAGGUACAGUCCGCUCAGCCAAACAAAGACAGGUGCCUGGAAAUCCUCGCUCAACUGUGAAAUAAACCCAAAAGAAAAAUAGCAAAACCUUUGGCAAGUUAAAUUUACCUCCCACGAUCUGUUGUUAACUUCAAUCUAAGCAUCUCCAAAGCCAAGCAUUUAAUAUAGGGCCUUUAUGAGCAGAGUACUGCUUUUCUUUCGUGUGUACUUUAAUCAAAAAUAAUUGUGUAUGUAUUCGACACAACACACAAAUGGUUGGAUAAUAAAGUUUCUUUUUGUUGUCAACAAAA